GAGCGCCGUGGAAGUCGCGCUGCAGGCGUCGCGCCAAUCUUCGCUCUGAGGUGCUGUCUCACCGGUGAGACCUGGAAGCGUGCGAGUCUCGCGCUGUGUCGGACCUGCAGCCCCUGGCCUUCCGCCACCAUGGAGUACCUCAUCGGUAUCCAAGGCCCCGACUAUGUUCUUGUCGCCUCCGACCGGGUGGCCGCCAGCAAUAUUGUCCAGAUGAAGGACGAUCAUGACAAGAUGUUUAAGAUGAGUGAAAAGAUAUUACUCCUGUGUGUUGGAGAGGCUGGAGACACUGUACAGUUUGCAGAAUAUAUUCAGAAAAACGUGCAACUUUAUAAGAUGCGAAAUGGAUAUGAAUUGUCUCCCACGGCAGCAGCUAACUUCACACGCCGAAACCUGGCUGACUGUCUUCGGAGUCGGACCCCAUAUCAUGUGAACCUCCUCCUGGCUGGCUAUGAUGAGCAUGAAGGUCCAGCGCUGUAUUACAUGGACUACCUGGCAGCCUUGGCCAAGGCCCCUUUUGCAGCCCACGGCUAUGGUGCCUUCCUGACUCUCAGUAUCCUGGACCGAUACUACACACCAACUAUCUCACGUGAGAGGGCAGUGGAGCUCCUUAGGAAAUGUCUGGAGGAGCUCCAGAAACGCUUCAUCCUGAAUCUGCCAACCUUCAGUGUUCGAAUCAUUGACAAAAAUGGCAUCCAUGACCUGGACAAUAUUUCCUUCCCCAAACAGGGCUCCUAACAUGUCCUCCCUCCCACUUGCCAGGGAACUUUUUUUGAUGGGCUCCUUUAUUUUUUUCUACUCUUUUCAGGUACACUCUUGAUAAAUGGUUAAUUCAGAAUAAAGGUGACUAUGGAUAUAAUUGAGCCCUCUGGUCCAGGUCUCAGUUUACCUAAUAUUACCUCAGAAAGGAUAUGGAGGGAAAAUGAUCUUUUUGCCAGGUCUGACUUUUCUUCCUGCUCCGCCCUCCAUUAACGCUCAAUACCCUUUAGCAGCUGAUGGCCCCACGUUCUACUCCAUGCUUGGCUUCCUUUCCAACUAGCUCUUUCAUAUAUUUUACUUGCUAAUAUCGCCAUUCUCUCUAAAGUAGUGGUUCUUUUUGCCCUUAAACUUAAAAUUUUUUAAUUAAUUAAUCUGAAUGAAUCAUACAUGCACUUAAUAAAACAUGCAAACAGUACGAAAACAUGUAGUGAAAAAUAUUUCUUCCAGAGCUGGGUGUGGUGGCUUAUGCCUGUAAUCCCAGCACUUUGGGAGGCCAAGGUGGGUGGAUCACGAGGUCAAGAGAGUGAGACCAUCCUGACCAACAUGGUAAAACCCCGUCUUUACUAAAAAUACAAAAAUUAGCCGGGUGUGGUGGCACACACCCCUAGUCCCAGCUACUGGGGAGGCUGAGGCAGGAGAAUAGCUUGAACCUUGGGAGGCAGAGGUUGCAGUGAGCCUAGAUCUUGCCACUGUACUCCAACCUGGCCAACAGAGCGAGACUCCAUCUCAAAAAAAGAAAGAAAAAUGUUUCUCCCAUCCCUAUAAUCCAAUCACCUGCUUCCUGCUUCCCUCCCUGGAGGAAACUUCAGCUACUAAUUUCUUAUGUUUUUUAAGAGAUAUUCUGUUACUGUGUAAGGUAUACAUACAUACAGACACAUGCUCCAUUUAAAUUUUUUAGAUUUAUUUAUUUACGUAGAGACAGGGUCUCACUCCAGCCCAGGCUGGAGUGCUGUGACAUAAUCUUGGCUCACUGCAACCUCCGCCUCCUGGGUCCAAGUGAUCCUCCCAUCUCAGCCUCCUGAGUAGCUAGGAUUACAGGCACACACCACCAAUGCCCAGCUAGUUUUUGUGUUUUUCAUAGAUACAGGGUCUCACCAUGUCAUUCAGGUUGGUCUUGAACUCCUGGGCUCAAGCAGUUUGCCUGCCUUGGCUUCCCAAUGCUGGGAUUACAGGUGUGAGCCACUGUGCCCGGCUAAAAAGUAUUUUUAAUGUUCUACAUAUUGCUUAUUUCACUUAACACUAUAUUAGAGAUUGUUUUAUAUCAUUACAUAUAGAUAUGCUUAUUCUUGUUGACAGUUGCAUAUUUUCCAUUAAAUUGAUGGAUCAUGGGCAGUUAACCAGUUACCUGUUUUACUCAGCCUACCUUUAGAGAACAGUGUGGAUGUUUUGUGGUUAAAGCCACUAAAACAGUGGUUCUUAACCAGACGUGUGUUUCAGAAUGUUCAUCUCACAUUUCCAGUUGCUACUGAUGCUGCCAGUCUAGGAACCGCAUAUCAAAACCAUUUGGUCUCAGACUAAGAUAAACCCUACUUUAUCCAAUUCUGUGCUCCUCUUAAUAUCAUAUACAGAUAGGUUUUUGUUUUGUCUGUGAUGAAAUGUAUCAUCUAAGAUACUACCUACUGAUCAUAACGUUCAUAUUAAAGUAUUGGGUUAACAUUA